UGCUUUCACCUGGGUUUCGGUCUUCUUCCCGAAUCUUCUUUGGACAUCGGACAUCGCUCGUAGCUGGCUCCCUGCGUUCAAAAUUGCUCGAUAACCUAACCAAAUUCCACAAAUAACGUAGGACAACUUCACACACACAAUGGAACCUGCCAAGCCCCGGACUGUGUCCUACGCGCAGAGAAGGGAUGGCACUAGCUCCAAACGGGACUUAUUCGGGAACUUUAACUUUGUAUCCUCUCGGUUGUCAUUUUCUUCAGGAGACCGUCUUCCUUGCCCGGUGCAGUGUCGAUAUGAUCCGUCUGUACCAGAACCCGAAGUAAACAGUCAUAUUCUGCAAGGACUUCCAUCCGGUGGUGGCAUCAAAGGGAAGAGUGGCAGGUCCAUUGAACGACAUCCAAGCGGUAUCCCAACAACUGUGAGCGCCAUCACUUCAACAUCACCAAGGCCGCCGCUAGCAGCGACAGAGGACAGGACAGUCGUUGCCCCAUUGCUUAGGCCACGGAGGUUUCCUCGGCAUUGGCAGGAAAAAUUCCAGCAGAUCCAAGACUGGAUACACGAUACACACCAGGCUACUAAUAAUUGCUUUGAUGAGGUGUCCCAUCGUCCGUCUCCAUCUUCGCCACUUGCGAGUGUGCACCAUAUGCCUCUUCACUCUCGAUCUCCUAUGACGAUAUGCAUCCCAUCCGAACCCUCGACGCGCACUGAUUUACGCCAUUUGACUGUACUGGGAUUAUUGAAGCUAUCAAAUCCUCAUAAUUCUUCAUGGACAUUGCUUCCUCGUUGCCCUCCCUGGCAAACCCCAAUCUGCAUGUAGUCCUCAACUGGAAGACUUGAACAAUUUAGGUCAAUUUGUCGCCGUCUGGCAUUGGAAUAUUAUGCUGAGCAAACAGUCGAACGAGUAGAAUCGGAACU